CCCGCCCGCCCCUCAGAGUUGGCCGGAGCGCCUCGGAACUUUUUCUCUCUCUCCUUUUUGUCGACGCCGCGUCCUGUGGCGCGCCGAGCCAGGGAGGAUGUGGAGGCGCCGGCUGCUCUGGGCCGCCUUCUGCCUGCUCCUGGCCUCGGCGCGGGCUCAGUACGAGCGCUACAGCUUCAGGAGCUUCCCGCGGGACGAGCUGAUGCCCCUGGAGUCCGCCUACCGCUACGGCCUGGACCAGUACAGCAACGAGAACUGGGCCGAGAGCGUCAGCUACUUGGAGGUGAGCCUCAGGCUCCACCGCCUCCUGCGGGACAGCGAGGCCUUCUGCCACCUCAACUGCAGCGCCGUCCGCAUGGAGGAGGAGGAGGAGGCGGCGGCGGCUGGCGCCGAAGAGCAGGGGCUUCUUCUGCCGCCCGACCGCUUCGAGGGCUUCCAGGAGCUGCGCUUCUUCGGGGACCUCCUGCGCCGAGCGCAGUGCCUCAAGCGCUGCAAGCAGGGGCUGCCGGCGUUCCGCCAGUCCCAGCCCAGCCGGGAGGUGCUCGAGGAAUUCCAGCGCCGCGAGCCCUACAAGUUCCUCCAGUUCGCCUAUUUCAAGGCAAAUAACUUUCCAAAAGCAAUUGCAGCGGCUCAUACAUUUCUUCUGAAGCAUCCAGAUGAUGAGAUGAUGAAAAGAAAUAUGGCAUAUUACAAAAGCAUGCCUGAUGCUGAGGAUUAUAUUAAAGAUUUAGAAACAAAAUCAUAUGAGACUCUCUUUAUCAGGGCAGUGAGGGCAUACAAUGGAGAAAACUGGAGGACUUCCAUAACAGAUAUGGAGUUGGCACUUCCCGAUUUCCUCAAAGCCUACGAUGAGUGCUUAGCCGCCUGUGAAGUCUCACGGGAGAUCACAGAUUUUAAAGAGUUCUAUCUGUCCAUAGCAGAUCAUUAUAUACAAGUUCUAGAAUGCAAACUGAAGUGUGAAACUGAUCUGACACCUGUGAUAGGAGGCUACAUGGUGGAGAAAUUUGUGGCAACCAUGUAUCAUUACUUGCAGUUUGCCUAUUACAAGUUGAACGAUUUGAAGAAUGCAGCACCUUGCGUUGCAAGUUACAUGCUCUUUGAUCAGAAAGAUGAAGUGAUGAAACAGAAUCUAGUCUAUUACCAGUAUCAUAAAGACAAAUGGGGACUGACAGAUGAAGACUUCCAGCCUAGAUCUGAAGCAGUUCAGUAUCACAACAUCACAACACUCCAAAAGGAAAUGUAUGAAUUUGCUAAAGAAUACGUAAUGGAUGAUGAUGAAGGUGAAGUAGUAGAAUAUCUUGACGAACUUCUGGAACUAGACAGUGGGACGCAGUGAUUCUUAAAAAACUUGUAUUAAAAAUAAGUUUUUCAAGAAGUGAGUUACGUCCUUGCUCCUUCGCAUCCCCAGUCACCACUCGUAGCUCAGGGGUUAGAAAUACCUCAGAUCUUUGUGACGCUUGCUUGUACAUCAUCUGGAGCAUCCCGCAAGUUCUUCGCCAUGCCACACCAAGCAAUUUCUUUUUUUUUUACCACCUAUCUCCCUUGGGGCUUUCUUGUUCUUUAUAGCAGUACUUUUACAUACCCUCUUGAAAUUUUUGAACACAUCAAGCUUCAUUCCAUUCAUUCUGCUCAGCAAAUGCAUCACGGCUUAAGUAAAGCACAGGGUUUUUAAACAGACUAUAAUCUAAGAGAGAGACAGACUCUGUACAUUUUCUAAAGCGUGCUGUGCUGUUUCAUCUGUCACAAAUUGGUUUAAUCUGACAAAUCCAUUAUUUGACUCAGUCCUCAUGAGUCUUUAGAGAAAGGUGGGAUACAUGUAUUUUAAUAAUUAAACUGAUUCUCAAAGCUGCAAAAAUUUACUUGGGAGAAUUAACCUCUCUUUGACAUCCCUGGAGGAAAACGUUCAGGUUUAUGACCUCAACGUACCUAGACAAUGCCAGUAAAUGAAUUAGGUCAUCCCUUAUGUAUCAUUUCAUUUUAACACCCUUAGCUAAGGCCACAGUUUUCAAUCCGACUAUACGAUUGUAGGAUUGUUGGUAUUUGGGGUUUUAAAAAUCCAGUCAUUUAAUUUUCUGCAUCCACUGAGGAAAUUGGUUUUCAUUAUAUGCAAGUCUUGGAGAAGCUCAUUUCUAAUUCCCUGUUUCUGAUAUUAUAGCCAUAGUGCAGAUCUUAUCCAUAAUGAAUUCUGUAAAUCAUUUGGACAUGGUAUCAGAAGAGAGGAAUUAGUUGCCUUUUCCCAACUGGAGAUAAUCCCCACUCACCAAGGGAAGCUAGCAGUGUGGAAAGCACAAACCAUGCUGUUCCUGAGGGGUGGGAGAUUGGUGAGAUUUUGUGCUUCCAGGAUCAGAACAAGGGGAUUUUCCUGCUAGUCCUGUAAUCGAUUCUUUGCCUGCAUAACCAGUUCAUCUUAAAAAAUUCUAUUUAUUUCAAUGGCAGUUGUUGAAAAAAUGCUGGAAAGCAGUUACAGUUUAAAAAAACAAGACAAGCAAGUGAUUUCUGAGGAGCUAACCAGCCAGCCAAGGUUUCUUACAGAGACAACCAAAUUUUUAUGCCUAAAUGCUUCAGCAUAGAACAAAUGUUGAGACUUACGCUUUUAAUGGUUAUGAUACAAGCAUUUAUUUAUUGUCAUUCCAUUUGUAAAUUUACUUUAAUUGUAUUAAAUGCACGGGCAGUUUUUACGAGAUUGAUUUCUGUUUUACACUAGGGUUGCUGACAUUUUUAUCCGUAAAAAUCAAUAUCAACAUGAGCUUGAUUUGUAGAUAUUAGCAGGUACUAAUGCUGUGAAAUGCUUUGCUUUCGAUCGCUGGUGGCCAAGUGGCUGUUAAAGGUAUAGCUGACUUAUGGUGACCCCUGCUAGAGUAUUCAAGGCAAGAGACUAACAGAGGUGCUCUGCCAUUGCCUGCCUCUACAACCCUGGUCUUCAUUGGAGGUCUUGCAUCCAAUUACUAACCAAGGCUAAACCUGCUAAGCUUCUGAGAUCUGACAAGGUCAGGCUUGCCUGAGCUAUUCAGGUCAGGGUACAAAUAUAAUUGGGUAACAUUUAUCUCCAGACUGUGAAAGAUUCGUCUAAGUUGCAUUCUGACAUCAUUGAACUCAACUACAUUAAACUGACAUGUGAAUGCACCCAGCUUGUUACUGUGUGCUUGUGUGCAUGUCCUUCCAGUCCCCUUUCGCACAAAUUAAUAAGAAUCUCAAUUUGUGGGAAGAAAAUGAAGUCUGGUUAGCCCAUGCAGUUCCAUUUGUCGAUGAUUGGUAGCUGCAGAUAAUUUCUGACUGGAAUUCUCCAUGCAAGGAGGAGUGAAGAAUGCACAUGAGCCUACCAACAAGCCAGGCACAUGCCUGUGGUGAUUUUUGUGACAGCUGAAUGCAACUCUGCUGAUCUCUGCAGAUGAGAAAAUACAGGAAUAGGUCAGUGGAUAAGGCUUCCAGCUCUUCAUAAUGGAAUAUGCCAUCCACGUAAAAGGAAGCAUAGGCUGAAAUCACACGUGCAUUGUAAAGCACAGGAGAGUUGAAACGCAAACUGUAAACCACCCUUUGUGCAUGGGCAUCAGUCCAGAAACCUGAUACACAUUUAGAAUGGCCUUUCUGUUUUUCACACAUGCACAAUAACAAUACAAGAGAAACCAUGUUACAGUGUCUGUUCAAAUGUACUGGGGCCAUUUAGCUGUUUACAGCUGUGCUUGAUCCAGUAAUGUCUUAGAUGCCCUUUCUUUUGUUCUGAUACCUGAAAUGUACAAGCUAGGAAAGAAUUUAAUUUUUUAAAAGGUCAGUCAAACUUUUAUUAACUGACAGGUUCUUUCAUUAUGAAAGGUGAAAUUGUCUAUUAAUUAUGCUUUAAGGAACACUUUAGUUAAAAGAACAGCAACUGUGAUUUCUUUCCUUAGACUUCCUGAUGUGCUAAGCAGAAAUUACAGCUUUUGUGUGUAGAUUUCUGUAGUUAGUUAAGGACUUGCCUCUCACACCAGUGGAAGUCCAGUUAUUGUCCUUGUAUCAGUAAAUCAAUUAUAUUUUGUUGCCUACUGCUAAGAUUGCCAAGGGUUGAUCUUUAGUAGCUGCAAAAAUUCAGCAGUUAAAACCUUUCCUGUUGUGUAACUGCAGUGGUGGAAGUAGCUUCACCCGUUGAAUUGCAGCUCAUCACCUAACAGUUAAAGGAAUAAAACCCCUUCUGGAAAAAGAACUUGGCAAUCCUAGCUGCUACGCCAUAAUGAAACUACUUUUUGUAGAAUGAUGUAACACUAUACUUUUAAGGGUCAUAGUGCCACAGAAAAUCUCUCCCAAGUUUAUAGAUUUAUUCCCAUUUCAGUCUAAGACAUUCAUGGUCUGAGUGUGUGGUUGUUCAGAAGAAAUGGUACUGUACCUGUCAUUUUAUUUUUAUUCGUUAUAUUCCUGGCUGUCUCUUAUUUUGUGAGUUUUAAUUUCAGUCUCAGGACUGAGUUGUCUGGCAUACAGAUGGCUUCCCAUUUAUUUUAAUCUUUGCUUAUUGGGAGGUUGGUGCUAUAUUUUGUUCCAGAAUCUGAUGUGGGCAAGUGCCAUGGAGUGUUACAAUAAAGUGCCUUAAAGAGA